UUUGGAAAUUCCUGGGGAUCUGAGGGACUAUUACAAAGGAAAAGGAAAAGAUGUUGAAGUUUUUGGUGCUCCUGCUGUUUGCCAUCUUAGCAGUUUCCACUAGCAAAAGGCCACGAUGUCUAAAAGGGCCUACUCACAAGUCCAGAGCCACCCCAGAGCCUGACAUGCAAGAAUGCACCAUAUAUGACAAAUCCUCUUGUUGCCAUGCAAAUUUUACCAAGGCGUUGGCUCAAUCACCAGUAAUUAAAGUACAAAACACCUACUGGAACAGAUGUGGGAAUCUCAGUGAAUCCUGCGAGAGUUACAUGAAGAAGAUGGAGUGCUUUUACAGGUGUUCACCACUUGCUGCUCACUGGGAAAAUCACAACUACUCAGCUGCUCUUGAAUUCGUUCCCAUCUGCCAAAAGUUUUGUGAUGGCUGGUUUGAAGCUUGUAAAAAUGAUUUCACUUGUGUUGGUAACUGGUUGACAGGCUGGGAAAUUGAUGAAAAAGGAGAAAACCAUUGUAAGCAUGAGUGCAUCUCCUACAGCCAGAUGUAUUCCAAUGGGACUGACCUGUGUGAGAGCAUGUGGGGGAAUUCACUAAAAGUAAGUAAGUCCACUUGCCGAUGCUUGAACCUGAAUGAAAAUGAUGUCAGCCUCUUCAAGUACAUAGUACAUGACAGUUCCAGCAGCAGCAGCAGCAGCAGCAGUAGUGAAGAACAGGCCUGUCGCAAGAAGGUGAUCAAACUGGAGCAGCUGGAGGCAGAAGAAGAAGGCCUAGAGAAAGAUGUGGCAGAAAUUCUGUGAGCCUUUGCCUGUCAGAAUUCUGAAGAUCACUACAAGUCACACAUCAAGAAUAUUUCUUCUCAUCAUCCCUACACCUUUGCCAAAGCAAAAUCAGAAUCUGUGCUAACUUCCUUUUUUAACAACAAAGCAGACCUCAGAUUUCAUCUCUAUGAUCAGUUACUUUUGUUAACAGAGGUUCUGAUAUCAGUCAA